UCGAGCAUCAUUCGCGCAACAGCACCUCUCUUCUCUCUCCGCUAAGAGACCGUGUGUCGAUUCUGUGGAUUUUCACUUCGCCGGUGUGCUCGACGGGCGCAUUCGCGAAAUUAAAUCUCGCAGCGCCAGCGAGCGGAGCCGCUAACGAAGAAAGAAAAGUAGCGUUUCUGCUUUUUGACAGCGUCAUCUUUGACAGCAGGUGCAUCGUUCUCGCAGACACGGGCGAUUGCACGUGCUGCGUUGGCUCCUCUGGGAGACCAACAUGCCGGCGCUCGAGCGCUCGUCGAACGGCGCCCUCGCCCUGCACUACGCCGCGGCCAGGGGAUGCCUCGACUGCGUCAAAAUCCUCGUAGCCACCUCACCUGAACACAGUGCCAAUGCCCAAAUGGACAACGCGGUGACGCCUGUGUACCUGGCGGCGCAGGAGGGUCACCUGGACGUCCUGCGUUACCUGGUGACCGAGGCGAGUGGUUCGCUGCUGCUGAGGGCCAAAGACGGCAUGGCGCCCCUGCACGCCGCCGCCCAAAUGGGUUGUUUGCCGUGCAUCAAGUGGAUGGUGCAAGAGCAGGGGGUUGACCCGAACCUGCGCGACGGCGACGGCGCCACCGCCCUGCACUUUGCGGCCAGCCGGGGACACGCGGAUACCGUCCGGUGGCUGCUCAGACACGGAGGUCGCAUGCUGCUGGAUAAAUUUGGCAAAAGUCCGCUCAACGACGCUGCUGAGAACGAACAGAUUGAAUGCCUAAGCAUUUUGGUGCAGCAUGGGACAGCUCCAGAUUACAACCACUCGGAGAUCCCUCCGUCCAGUAAGCAGCGAUCUUCGUCCUCAUCUCGUCACAAAAGAAACCAAGAAGAGAUGCGAGACUCCCUUUCAGACAGCAGCAGUCUCAAAUCAGAGCCUUUUUAUCUCCACCCACCCUCCAACGGCAACAACAACCCUUUCUCCGCGUGCGGCACCACAGUCUGCAACAACAACAACAAUUCGCUCAACUCUUCGCUCAGUGGUCUGGAGAUUUACGUCAACCCCAUGAACGCAGCUGUUGUGGACAACCGGCCUCCGUCCAGCAGUCCGGGCAGCUCGACUGAUUCGGAAUCUUCCUUUUAUUUGCACAACCCACGCGAAGUGAUUUACAACAGGGUCAAGGACCUUUUUGAAAUGCCCAGCCAGAACAGACCGACCUCGCCUCUCAGGUCGGCCUCGGCAGCUUCCUCUGUCAGCUCCACCGCAGAAGGGAGCACAACUGUGGUUGUAGGACCUGCUGGUGCCGUCACAGUUCGAGUUGACGUCCACACGUCAGACGUGAGGUCAGGAAUAGUCGAGGAGAACGACUACGAGGACAUUUACCAGCUUCGCGAAGAAGCGGCCGCCAUGGUGACAUACUCACCCACGGGCCGCAAAAGCAGCAUCGUCAAUAUAACAAGUCCCAGCGCCUCUCAACAAGGGUCCCGGCCGCCGUCGCGAGUUGAGACCUCGCGGCCGCCCUCACAGCAGGGGUCGCGGCCGCCGUCCGUGUACAGCACUAACUCCAGGCCUCCGUCUGUGUCUAGUGUCAGCAUAGACUCGCCCCCGGAGCCACCCAGGAGAAAUGGGACACCCACCGAAGGUGAAAGAGAGGAAAAAGUGACUGCCUCGCGUCACUCGUCCCUCCCUGGAUCCGGAGCCGUUUCCCCGGCGCCGAGCGGAACUUCUGCAGAAAACAGGGCGCUCAAGAGGGUCGUUUCCGAGCCCGGCGGCCUCCAGCACCCACCUCCGCCGCCUCCACCGCCCCCGGCCCUGCUGCAGUUCGACACCCUCGGAGAGAGGACGGGAGCUGCCAGGUCGGCAGUCGGCGCCGAGCAGGCCUCCGACGAGCAGUUUGCCGCCUCCACGCCGCCCACCCCCACAGGUAACAAGCACCUCGUGUUGCCCUUCGUGCCGCCCAAGUUCCCCUGCUCCGGUUCGGACAGUUUGAUCAAACCGUCCGAGUACCUCCGCAGUCUGGGAGGCCCCGUCCUCAAGGCCGCCUCCGUCGCCGCCGCCACCGUGCCGCCCCCGCUCAAGGAGGAGGCCGAACCCAGCAGCGCCCCGGCAAACUCGCAGCCUCCGACCCCGGGACCGCCGCCUCCGCCUCUGCCCUCGGUACCACCGUCCCCGCCCGCCCUGCAGCCUCCGGAGGCGGUCAAGGCCAAGCCUGCGCCGCCGCUGCAACCGCUAUCCGGAAUCAGCAUCCACGACUUGAACAGCGUCCAGCUCAGGAAAACCGAAAGGCUGGGGAAGACCAUGUCGGCGCCCAUUGGGCCUGCGCCCAUCACCAACAACGCACCACCUGUCCCAGGGGAGCAAUUCCAGUCGCAAAAGGACAGCCUGAUCGCUGAGCUGAAGCGUUCCCGCGACAUCACGGGCAUCAGGAAGUGCAAAGUCGAGCGGGCCAAGUCGGAGGAGCGUCUGGAAAAAGAGCACUUCACAAAACUGUCCAAGCAGUACUCGGUCGAGAAUUUCGUGGAGCAGUCAAUGCAGGUUCCGGACACUGACGCGACGGGCAACCCCAUCCCGGCCUGGAAGAGACAGAUGCUGGCCAAGAAAGCGGCCGAGAAGGCGCGCAAGGAGGCCGAACUGAGGGCUCUGCAGGAAGCCGAAGAGGAGCGCCUCAAGAACAUUCCUCCCUGGAAGAGAGCGUUGAUGGCCAAUCGCAAGGAGACUGAUAUCAAAAGGAGUACGCUGUACACACCUAAAGUUUUGUCUGUGGAGAGCCCAGUGUCAGAGGUGGAAGAGCCGAUUUGCUCCGAAAACGACAAGGAGAACAUCCAGGAGGGGUCGCAGGGGUCCACCGAGUCCGACGAGAUCAAACACAACCCUGAAGACGAUUCGGUCACGUUGCCCCUGAUGCCGUGGAGGGCGCAGCUGCGCAAGACUAACAGCACCCUGAAUCUGCUCGAGUGAUAAGAAGUUUAAAAUUUAGUGAGAGAUAAUAGAAAAAAAGAGCCAUUUCCUCUCAGCACUGUUGAAUCUGUAUGUAAAACUUCGCUCAAAUCUUGUAUAACCCAUUUUCUACUAACAUAU